CCCGGUUUUCCCACCUCUAUGUUGAAGCCAGCUGUGAAAUUUUGUAAUUGUGAAAUUGUGGCGUCUAAAUUGUUUAAUUGAUUGAAAAGCCCCAAACUCCUUGCCAAGAUGACCGAAGAUUGGCAGAGCCAGAAGUUCCGUCAGAACGUCAUCUCCAAGAUCCACGACUUGUUGCCACCGAACGCGGCGGACCAGUCCAAGAAUGCCAGCGUUAUGGAGAGCCACAUAUUCCGGAAGUCCCGCACCAAGGACGAGUACUUGGGCCUAGUGGCCAAGCUGUUCAUGCACUACAAGGACAUGUCGCGCAAGUCCCAGCAGCAGCAGCAACAACAACAGCAGCAACAGCAGGGCGGCCCGCCUCCGAACGCGGAAAUGGGCGGCGGGCAGAACAUGAUGCAGGAUCCACUAAACGCACUGCAAAACCUCGCCAGCCAAGGCAACCGGAAUCCCCAGAUGAUGCCCAUGGGCGCCGGUGGCGGCGCUCCGGUGCCCGGUGGCCCUGGAACCGCCUCCAAUCUGCUGCAAUCCCUGAAUCAACAGCGUCCCGGGCAGCAGCAAAUGCAGCCCUUGCCCAACAUCCGAGGCCAGAUGCCCAUGGGUGCGGGUGGCGGAGGUGGAGCCCAGCAGAUGAUGCAGGUGCAGCAGAUGCAGCAGGGCGGAAACGCACCGGGAGUGAUGAACGUGAUGGGAGCCGGCGGCGGGCAGAAUCAGGGCCAGAUCGUUGGCAACCCGGGGCAGCAGAUGGGCGUGGGCAUGCCCAAUCAAAUGGUGGGACCGGGACCAAACAGUGGUCCCGCGGUGGGCGGAGCCGUCGGAGGAAAUGCUGCUCCUGGAGCAGCUGGUCCCGGGCCAAACCAAAUGCAGGGCGGGCCGAUGAAUGUAAAUGCCAUGCAACAGAUGCCACCCAUGCAGCAGAUUCAGCAGAACCAGAUGGGAAUGGGCAUGAAUCCGAUGAUGCGGAUGGGCCAAGGCAACGGCAUGGGCGGACCUCAGGGCAUGCCUGGCCAGGGCAUGCAGGGAAUGCCGCAGGGCCCGCAUAAUGUGGUUGGCGGCCCGGCGGGCCAGCAGCAAGUGGGCGGAGCAGGCCUGCCGCCCAAUGCAGUCCAGCAGGGAGGAAUGAACCCAAUGGGCGGUAUGGGCGUAAACAUGCCACCGAAUAUGCAGCAGAAGCCAAACAUGCCCAUGGGCCAGGGAGGUCAAAUGUUCCCCGGAAAUCGAGGAGGCGUUGGAGUCGGCGGUCAGCAGCCAGGGCAGCCCUUCAUGCGAUCCAGUCCCUCGCCAGCGGAUGCCCAGCAACUGCAGCAGCAGGCUCAGCUCCAGCAGAUGCAACAACAGCUGGUGGUGGGCAAUCAGACGCCCACGCAGCAGCCUGCGACCCCGCAGAUGCCCACGCCGAAUAUGAUUCCGAGCCCGGCGUUGGUGCCGCAGUCCAGUCCGCAGAUGAUGCAGAUGCAGAAUCCGCAGCGCAACAUCCGCCAGCAGUCGCCGAGUGCCUCGAUCAACACACCUGGUCAGGUCACCGGAAACAGCCCGUUCAAUCCCCAGGAGGAGGCGUUGUACCGCGAGAAAUAUAAGCAGCUCACCAAGUACAUAGAGCCGCUGAAACGGAUGCUGGCCAAGAUCAGCAACGAUGGAACAAAUGUGGAGAAGAUGACCAAGAUGAGUAAGUUGCUGGAGAUCCUUUGCAAUCCUACACAGCGGGUUCCGCUUGAAACUCUCCUGAAGUGUGAGAAAGCUCUUGAGAAGAUGGACCUGAUCUCCUAUUCCGGCCAGCAGUUUGGAAAAUCCUCAAACCCUUUGCUGGAGGUUAUAAAUACCACGCUGCAAAGUCCAGUGGCAAAUCACACACUGCAUCGCACCUUCCGACCCACACUGGAACUGCUCUUUGGUACGGAUAUUACAGCUCCGGUACCCACGAAGAGACCUCGAGUGGAGGAGAAGGCCUCGCCCUUCGAGCAGGAUGUACCUCAUGUGCUCCAAGGCGAAAUUGCACGGCUGGACAGCAAGUUUAAGGUGAAGCUGGACACCACAUCGCAGAUAAACAACAAGGCCAUACGCCUGAUUUGCUGCCUGGAUGACAAGCGACUGCCCAGUGUUCCGCCAGUGAGUGUCAGUGUGCCGGAGGAGUAUCCCUGGCAGGCUCCGGACUGCUCCUUGGUGGAACAGGAGUACUCGGCCACCCCCUUCCUGCAGACCGUCCAGCAAGCGCUCAUCGCUCGCAUGUCCAAGCUGCCCAAGAACUACUCGCUCUCACACCUCUUGGACACCUGGGAAAUGGCCGUGCGGCAGGCGUGCUCCCCCCAAUCGAAGCCCAGCGCAGUUUGCGAGCUCUCCACUUUGUUGGGCGUAUAGACCUACCAUGUGGUUACGACUCAACUAUUAUUACCGACUCUAGAACUAGCUGAGUGUGUGGGAAAUCAAAUUCACCACAUAUUCCCAAUUGAAAAUGCGGCUUGAGGAUCUAAGUAUAUUUAAGAUAAAAUACAAUUUAAUCACUUUAAGCUAAGCAAAGUUGAAGUCUUGCUGCAGCGUGGCGAAGCAAGCAAUUAUCAGCUCCAUCAACACACUCACCAAUCAACACAAAAUACACAACUCAAAUAUCCUGGUAUCCAA